AUGAUAUGGGACCUCAAGUAAAUGAAAGGUAAUGAAUACCAAGACAAGAGUAAUAUUGAAAAUAGCCUCGACAGGAGAAAGAAUUAUGAUUAAAAAUUUAGAUAGAAUUGGUAGAGCAUAUUAAAAAGUGUGGGAUUAAGGGCUAGAAAGUUUUAAGUUUAUUUUUUAUUUAUAAUGCUAACUGCUUAAGGUAUAGUAUUUAUAAUAGAGGCUACAAGCGAUUAGAUUGAUAUUCCAAAGCUUAUAGGAGGAAUCUACCUCAUUUCAUUGAGUUUCUUUUGGUUUUUGAUUUUGUUUUAUUUGAGAAGAAAGAAAAAAAAUUUAAUAUUGCAUCAAUAAAAAUCAUCUUGCUUUUCAUAAAAGUCGCCAAACCAUAAUAGGCAGCUAUAGCAGAUGAAUUCUUCAAUUCCAUAAAAUUUAAGGAUUUCUUAGUAAAUUUAGAACUAAAAUUAGUAAGAAACUAAGUCGAUUUUUCAACAAGCAUCUUUCAUAAACAAGCAACCUUAAAGAAACUAAAAUAGCAGAUCUAGCUGUAAAAUUUAGUAGAAAGAACGAAAUUCUGUGGAUUUAAAAGAAAAUAAUCACAAAAAGUCUGGAUAUUAUUUAUUAGUGAGAGAUUUAUUGAUAAUAGUAUUCUCUACUCCAGCUGUGAUAUAUAUCUAUGAGUAUUUCCUUGACUCUAUUCAGAAAUCCUAGAGAAGUAAUGAAUAAGAAUAUUGUCCUGCAUUUUGGACUGGAGUACUCACUCUGUUUUCAUUUAAACUAUUUAUAUCAAGACUAAAAAUUCCUUUUAUGUAAAUAAUUUAUUUUUUAUCAGGGUAUUCCUAUUUUAUAGUGAAAUAUUGGAUUUGCUGUGGCUUCAAACCUGAUACCAUUGUGAUCAGCUUGAUAAUAUUGUUCCAUCAAGUUACUUUAUAGGCCACUGACAUUUUUAAAGUUCGGGUAUACUCCUUUUUUAAGAAAUACUCAAAACAUCAAAUUUUAUUUGAAGCUCUUCGCCUUACAGUUGAACAAGGUGAUCCAAAAAGUGAUUUGGAAAACGAUUUAGCUACCAGAUUUAUUAAAUUAUAAUCACAACACAAAAGAGAAAACGAAAUUCCUUUAAAUUACACUCCUAAGCAUAAAAUAAGCUAAAGCAUUUAAUUGGCUUAAUAAAACUCAAUUCAGAAUAAAUCUUAAUAAUUUAACCCUUAAUAAAUAAAUGAUUAUUAAGCAUCUAAAGCUGUUAUGAUAGAUAAAAACCAAUCUGGUACAAGUUUUAUGAAUAACACAAGCUAUCCACUGAGGCGAUAAGGAACAUUUAACUAGAGAAUAAAUGAUCUUAAAAUGAGUGGCUUUUACUCUUAACUAUUUAGUUUAAUUCCUGUUGGAGUAGCAAUAAUAAGUAGUGGAAAAAAUCUGCUCUAUGCCAGUACUUAAAUGCUUUAAAUGCUUAAUUGUUAGGAUGAAUAAAAAGCAUUAAAAAUUCUACUUAAUUUGAAUACUAAUGCUUAAAAAUCUACAUAGUUCAAUGCUGCUGCAGAAGAAGAAAUCGAAAGUGAAGAUGAUUAAUAGUAUUUAAAUGGAUAAACAGAUUAUACUUCGAGCAUAAAUGCAAAUUAUAACAGUAUCUUUAAUGGAUAUAAUAAUAGCGAUAAAAAAUAAAAGAAGGAAAUUGAUGUCAGCAACAACCGUUUCACUCCUCCAUAACUAAAUUAAAAGUCUCAAAACGGGUUUUAAAUGAAUAAUUAGUCUAUAAGAGACAAUUCAGCUAUACCUUCAGGGUUAGUUGAAGAAGAGAGAAGCAGUAGAUAUAUGAUUGAUGAAGAAGAAGACAACUCUAGAAUAAGAAGGAUUAGCAUGAACGCAUAAAAUAUGAAUGGACAAAGCUAUAGUAAUAAUAACUCAAUAGUACAUGUUAAUAAUCCAAAUUACAGAACCAUUUCUUACUCCUAAUAACACGGAAGCUUUAAAGAGUAACAAUAAAUAAUGAACAUUAUGAAGAGUCCUUAAAACAGUGUAAAUGAAACUAUGAUAGAAAUUGGAACUGAAAGAAACAACUUAAUUAAUUAUAAUUUAUAAAAUACUGACAAAUAAUAAAUAAUACCUGUUUAGCCAAUUAUUACUUCACAUGCAUAGCACUCUUAAAACAAUCCAAGUAAAAAAAUUGUGAAAAAAUCUUCUUAAAACCUAUCUAGCAACAAAGAGUUAAAUGAUAGAUGGAUAACAGAUGAUAAUGCUUUGGUCCAUCAGGCAUAGUAGUCUUAAUCUUAAUUAUAUAUGGGAAGAACAUCAUAUACAAACAUUCCUACUAAACACUUGCAGCAAAAUCAUUAGCCAUAGUUAUACUAGCAACAAUAGUAAGACAGUUUAGGAGAUACGGACAAAUAGAUUAUAGAAGAAGAUGAAUUGGGAUAAACUUAAUCAAUUAUAAAUCCCGAACUUUAACUGAAUGAAUUGCAGUUCUAAAGGCCUGAAUAUAGUAAAAUGAAUAGUCCAAAAAGCGGAGUGGAGUCUACAAGUUAGAAAAAAAGAGGAAGUGGCAUCAUGAGGAACAAUUUAAGACAGAUGAGUUAUAUGAAAUAUACAAAUGACAAUGCUAGUGACAAUAAGACAGAAGCUUAGCAAAGAGAAGAAAGUGUAUUAAACAUUCUCAAUAUCAUGCUUGGAUGGUAAGAUUAGCAGCAGUAAAAUAACCAUACUCCGUGCCUUUAGAAUCAAUAAGUCUCAAGUGCAAAAAUAAAAUCAUAAAAAAAAAUAAUUAAUCAAUAAAUGUACUACACAAGCAAUUCAGUAGAGCCUGAUAUUAUCAAUUCACCAUAAGCAGCAAGUAUUGGACACCAGGUUUAAAGCACAACUUAUGGCAAAGGUUUAUCAUAUAAUUAAUCAACUAUGGCAUCUCACUCUUUAAAUUAAAUAUAAGCUAAAUAGCAACAGGAAUCCAUUUAAACUAUAAAUAAUGAACUCAUUAGUAACAGCUUAGCUAAAUAGCUUGAUGUUAAUAGAGAAAAAUAGCCUACAGUUAAAAUUAAUUAACAGCUCCAAAGUGACACCGAGUAAGCUUAGUAAGAAGAGUAGAACCCCUUUCAAGAUCAAAUAAAUGCCAAAUAAAUACCUUGCCAAAACAAUGUGCCAAGCGCAGCAGCACUCUCUAGCAAUAAUACUUGUAAAAAAAAGUAAGGUGAUGAUGCAAAAGAUUUUGAUGAGUUACUUAAAUAAAAGCAAUAACUUGGAUACAUCCAACAGGAAGGUAAUGUUUCUACUAUGCAAAUCGAAUAUUUGGGUGAGUAGUAUAUUCUUAAAAUUAUAAUUCAUCAAGUUAUUGUAGGAUCUUCUGGAGAAUAGUAGAAAGUUGCUAUGAUUGUAAUGGAAAAGAUGUGGUAAGAUUUUAUGAUUAAAAAAGUUGAGGAUUUAAUCAAAUAAAAGAUGCAACUAUUUGGGUCACUUUCUCAUGAACUAAGAACUCCUUUGAAUUGCUCAAUAUCUAUGAUGGAAGUUCUGCAAAACAUUGCAUAAUCUGAAUAAAAUCACCAAAGUUAGCUAUUAAAUUACAUACAGCCUGCUCUUAAUUCAAAUAAACUCCUCUUGAAUAUGAUUAAUGAUAUUCUUGACUUUGUUCAGCUGGAAAAUGGAAGUUUUAAGUUUGGUUAUGUUGAAUUUGAUCUAUAAAAUCUUCUCAAAGAGUGUGUUUCGCUGGUUCAAAUUUAAGCUAAAAUGAAAAACUUAACUAUUGCAUGCUAUUUUGAUCCAUAAACACCAAAAAUAAUUAAAUCUGACCCCAAUAGAAUUAGGCAGGUGAUUCUAAAUUUUUUAAGUAAUGCAUUGAAAUUUACAAUUGCUGGACAUAUUAUUGUUUAUGCAUCUGCUCACAAGGGAAUAUAAGAAGUAACUAUUGGAGUCAAAGACACAGGAAUAGGAAUAAAUUAAGAAAAUAUAAAUGAGAUAUUUAAAAUAUUUAACAAAAUAGAUUUAGGUAAUAAUUCAAAGCUUAAUCUCUAAGGCUGUGGUGUAGGCUUGGCUUUAAGUAAUAGUAUAGCAAGGGCUUUAGGACCUUAAGAUAACCAAGGAAUAUAAGUAUAAAGUGAGAAGAAUCAUGGUUCUAACUUUUCAUUUGUUGUUUAAAACUAAAAUCCUCCUAUUUCAAACAAGGAAGAAGAUAUUUAUGAAAACGAAGAUGUUUCAAACGAAAGAUUAUUUGCUAAUUUCUCAAUAAUAAGACCAUAAGUAACCCAAAUAAAUAAGGAUAAAGAUUUAUUAUAACAUUUUCAAACAAAACGUAGACACUCAAAUAUUUCUUUAAAUAGCAAUCAAGCUAAUAUCAAAGGUAGUAUACGCUAGACAAGAUUAUAAUCUUAAACUUCAAAUAGUAAUUAAAUAACUAAUAGUAUCAGUAAUUCAAUCAUUAAUGGAUGCUAAAAUAAUAAUAACAAUAUUUAGCAAAUAAACUAUAACCAUAAUAACCAUGCUAAAACUUUAACAAAUUUAAAUACAGCAUGUAAAGAUGGAUAAAAUGAUGGAAUGAGUUUUAGCAGUGAUAAUUCUCUAUAAAUUAAUGCAGCAGACCAGAAUUUAAAAAUGAGAUCUAUCUCACUUACAUAAAUAUCAUUGAGCUAAAGAAAGAAUAUCAUUAAUUCAUACAGCUCAGUAGCUCAAGAGCAGUAAUCUCCAAAAGAUUUUUAAUAGAAACCAAAACAAGCACAUCAUUACUUCUACAAUAACAAUAAUUCAACCAUUGGAAAUCCAUAAUCGCCAUCAAGAAAUCAUUCUUAGUAUGGUUAGAUGUCGUUUGUAAAUGUAAUGAGUGUAGGUGAAAAAAAAGUUAGUCUUUUAGAAACAAUAAAAUCUAAAGAUUUCUAGGAUAUGCACUUGCUUGAUCAUUAAAAAUAUGAGUCACCUGCUGGAUUUAAUUCAUAUUAUGAGGAAAAAGAUUCUUAAGUUAUAAAACGAAGUUUAGAAUGCAUUCAAAAUAACAUAAUAUAAUUCGGAUGCAAUUGCCCUUAAAUUUUAAUAGUAGAUGAUUAAGAAUUUAAUCUAUUUUCUCUAAGUUAACUGCUAAAAUAAUUUUAUGGUAUAAUAUCUGAUACAGCAAUUAACUUUCCUUAGGUUAUGGAAAAGAUUUAAAGCAAGCUAAACUCUAAAUGUUGUAAAACAUAUCGCAUAAUUUUUAUGGAUAUAAACAUGCCUUAAAAAAGUGGUUACGAAGUAGCUCGGGAAAUAAAAUUCUUCUAUAAUAAUAAUGAAAUUUUAGAACAAAUAAAGCCAACUAUUAUUGCAUGCAGUGCUUACAACGGUGAAGAGGACAAAAAGAAAGCUUAUACUCAUGGUAUGGUAGAUUUUGUAACCAAACCAAUUAUGAAAGCAGCUCUUGAUGCUAUUAUUUCGAAAUAUUAUGAUAGCACUAGCUUAAUCCCAUAAUAGCUUUUGAAUAAUUGA